GUCGGUGGCUUAGUGGGUAGAGCAGGUGCCCCAUGCACAAGGCUGUUGCCGCAGCAGCCCGAGUUCCAAAUCCAGCAUGUGGGCCCCCCUGUCCUGUCCAUUAAAGGCAAAAUGCCCAAAAAAAUUCUUGAAAAAAAAGGUGAGGGGUGGUGAGAAAAGAUAUGGAAUAUUAUUAAAUAUUGUUAUGCCAAUAUCAAAUUUCUAUUGUAUGAUUAUUCGUCCCUGUGUUGUGUGAAGUGCAUUGUUUAGUUUUUGUCUGAUGAUUUGUGUUUGUUUGUUUCUGGGGAGUCUUUUUUAUGAAAGAGUGAUGCUGUUUGUUUGUGUAUUGGUUGUGUUGUAUGUAAUCACCACCUGCAUAUACUGAGCUCCACUUCUAAAUGCAAAUAUGUGAAAAAAAAGGAAAGAAAACGAUGAAUAUUUAGCAUUAAAAAAGAGAAAAAAAACUAAAAAAACAAAAGAAAAAUGUUCCCAUUCGGGCGUUGGUGUUUGGGUAAAAAAAUAAAUAAAUAAAUAAUUUAAAAAAAAAAAAAAUCUCCUAAGGCUGACAAACUGGGCAAAAAGCAGCACUAAGACACACUAUUGUUAAAAUAUAUAUACGCCUAAAACUCUUUCCCUCUGUGUGUGUGUGUGUGUGUGUGUGUGUGUGUGCGUGUGUGUGUGUGUGUGUGUGUCACAGCUGGUAACCAGGGCACACCAGGGUCCAUUGAAACUACUUUAAACCACUGGGGUGAAGUAUUCCCUCAACAUGUUGUUUUCAAAAAGCAACUAAUGACACAGUAAGUACAAAGAAUAGCUGAGGCCAUCACAAACUGACACCCUUCCCAUAGGUUUAGUGUUCCUCUCUCCACCCACUGUCUCCACCCAUUCCACUCCCUCCACCCUUGAAAGAGAGACACACACACACAGUCAAGGGAGAGAGGAUUAUUAAAACCAGACAACCUUAAGAUGACUUGGAGGGAAGCAGUCGAGUUCUCCUUCCCUUCAGACUCCAAUCAUUGAGCAGAGGCCUGUUUGGAAAGCACCAACACUGAAAUUCAUCUGGCAUCGUUCAACACCAUGAGUUCCAGCUAAUUUAAAGUGUGAGGUUAACCACGGCAGGCAACAUGAGGGUGCAAACUUUCCCAAGAGUGCAAAUUCUGCAGGCGUUUAAUUCGAGAUGCCAGACUCUCGCCGCCAACGACAACAGAGGCUUUAAGCAGGAGUUUGAGGAGCUUGAGAGAGUUGGUAAAGACCUCCCCUCCAGAGCAGGUGACUUACCGGCCAACAGAGAAAAGAACAGAUACCCCUACAUCCUGCCAUAUGACCACUGUCGCGUAAGGCUGUCCAUUCAGAACUCCCAACCACACACUGACUACAUCAACGCAAAUUUUGUGCCUGGUGGAGGAUCAGAAAGAGACUUCAUCUGCACCCAGGGUCCUUUGCACAACACCAUCGCUGACUUCUGGAGGAUGGUGUGGGAGCAAAAUGUCAGGAUAAUCGUCAUGGUGACAGCUCUGAGAUGCAAGGACAUAGUACUGUGUGACAAGUAUUGGCCUCUGGAACAAGGGACAGUUUAUCAUGGACUGAUCCAAGUGACAACAGUGACCCGCAAACAAGGUCCAGAUUAUUUUAUCACCACCAUUAACCUCAGACAGAGAGACUGUCCAACAGUCAGGAUAAUCACACACUACUACUACCCUGCCUGGCCGGACCGGAGCGUUCCUAAAGACCCAUCCUCACUCUGCGCCUUCACUGAGCAUGUGCGGCAGAAAUUGGAGGAAAUUCCACGCCUGGGGCCGGCCGUGGUACACUGCAGUGCAGGUGUGGGGCGUUCAGGAACGUUUGUGACGCUGCUGUGGCUGAUGCAGCUGUGUGCGAGGGGCAUCCAGCCUGAUAUACGGGCUGCUGUGGAGGAUCUACGGCUACAUCGCAUGUGGAUGGUCCAGAAUCUGGAGCAGUACAUGUUUGUUCAUCAGUGUCUGCUGCACUGGCUCAGUGGAGGAACCUCAGCAAGCAGGCCACCAAUUCAGAGAGCCGGUUCAAAUAUUAACCACAACAUUCAAGAUCAGCCCCACAGAUCCUCAGGACGGGGGGGCCAAGCGGGGAGGAGGAGACGUCACCGUCAGCGACAGACACCUCCUGCGGACCAACCACAGAACACAAUGCAGCAGAUUUUAAACCCCGGGAAGCUGCUGAGGAGGUUACUGCCUUCCUCGUCUCUGUUUAAUCCUGGCUCACACGCCUCCUGAAGUCAUGCUGUAAAGCUGAGAAUACAAAAACAAGCAAGAACAUCAUGUAUGCCUUUAUACAGCAUUUAAGAAGGAAGGAGAGUGCAGAAAUAAUGCUGUGUGUGUUGUUCGACGUCGAGCCCUGCAGGCGGGAAACUGGCCUGACAACAUGCAAAUACAUGCUGGUGAAGAAACCACAGAAGCUGCAGUUCCUCCUGAUACAAUGAGGAAAAACAUAAAGGAAGAACCUGCCGUACAGGUCGAACCUGAUCCUCCACUGUGAAUGACUUACCAUGAGAUUAACAAGGAGAAUGACGAGGCUGCUCCCUGUACACUGAUUUAAAUACAGAGCUGACUACUACAAGUGGAAUGUAACUAAGGACAUUUACUCAAGUACUCUACUUAAGUACAAUUUUGAGGUACUUGUACUUUACUUGAGUAUUUGUAUUUUAUGUUACCUUCUAUUUCUACUCCGCGUCUCAAUGGGAAAUAUUGUACUUUUUACUCAGCUACAUUUAUUUGAUAUCUUUACUGUUGUUACUAAAUAUAAAUCAACUAACUGAUCACGGUGUGUAAAUCUAAACUACCCAGCAGUAUUAUUAACUAAUUAAAAUGAGUUCCACCUUUACAUUAAAGUGAUGAACACA